UGACUUUUGAUUGGUCAAUCCGAUGUCUGGUCGGAUUCCGGAAAUCGAAACUUAAUCGAUCUAAAUAAUACGAAGAAAUGAAAGUAAACUCGUGUUUGUGGUAGACGACUGUUAGUACAGUGUAAAAUUGAUUUAAAAUCACGUCGAUGCGUCUUUUAGUGCUCGUCCGCUGAAGAUAUGACGCUCUGCGUGGCGCUGACGUGUUGACGCACGUAAACUUCUGCCGCUGUCUGUUAUUUUAGCUCUUUUUUUUAUUCAUGCAAUGGAGUCUCUGUCCGGGAAUUACAUUUCUCAGCUGAACGAGUACCAGCAGAAGACUCAGUGCACCGUGGAGUAUGAGGAGGGAUCCACAGAUGGACCGAGUCACAACAAAACGUUCACUAUGAGGGCUGUUGUGAAUGGACAGCGCUAUUCUGAGGGCACUGGGAAAACCAAGAAAGAGGCAAAACAAAACGCAGCCAAGAUCGCGCUUAAUGCCAUAAAAACCACUCAAAAUACUGAACCUACUACGUCAUCAUCUGUUCAAAACUCUCCCAACACUGUGACCGUGUCUCAGAGGAAUUAUAUUUGCUGGCUUAAUGAAUAUUCACAGAAGAGUAAGUUAUUUUUCAAGGCUCAGGAAUCCACUAAAAUGGAUCUAGGAAGCACUCAUUUGUGUACGUAUGUCUGUAAGUAUGUUUGCGGUGAGAGAGAGUUUCCUGAAGCUUAUGGAAAAAAUAAGAAGGACGCCAAAGAAGCAGCGGCAACCCGUGUUUAUGAAGAGCUGAACAAAACAGAGGUCUUCGAUGACAACAGCAAUAAAGCACAGAAGUCCGAGGUUGUGUCUUGUAGCCAGGAGCGCGUCAGCUUGAGUUUUGCUGAUGAAUCUCGAAGCGUGACGCCUGACAGCAACUACAUAGCACUUCUCAAUAACUACUGCCAGAAACAUAAUCGUGUGUUUGAUUUCAAAUUAGUGGAGAAGCGAGGCCCUGCUCACAACCCAGAGUUUGUAUAUAAGGUUGUCAUGAAGGGGAAGGAAUAUCCUGAAGGACAAGGAAAGAGCUCAAAAGAGGCGAAGCAACAUGCUGCUCAGCGCGCUUGGAGUGAAAUUAAUGAGCAAUCUGGAUGGACAACACAGAGUUCUGAAGAUGACAGCUCUUCACAAACUCAAGAGACAUCUAAAUCUCAGGAUGCACUACACUGCUCAAAAAGCUCGACUGAAACUCCCAGCUCAAGUUCUUCCGUUGUCUUCAAAGACUCAUCUGCGGUCAGCUCUCCUGUGGUCAUAAGUCCUAGUGCGAGUCCACUGAAUGUGAAACCGAAAAUAAAAUUAGCACCAAAUUUUAAUCUGUCACCAAAUGGUCUGGCCAGGAGUAAAGAGGUUGGUCCUAACAUGAACACACAAAACCCAGCGAAGCCAUCUGGAGGACAAACGUCAAACCAAGCUACAAAGUCGAGGUUUUUAGAAGACUUUGACUCAAUAAAUCCAAUUGGCAAAGGUGGCUUCGGCCGUGUUUUCAAGGCUAGACGAAUACUUGAGAGCACAUUUUAUGCUGUGAAGAUAGUGAAGAGCAAAAAAAAAGCUCGUCGUGAGGUCGCAGCUCUGGCUAAUUUUAAUAACACUAACAUCGUCCGCUACUACACGUCUUGGGUGGAGGACACGGCGUACAGACACGAGUCUUCAGAGAGCUUCAGCCUCUCAGAUUCUGGCAGUGACCCGGGAAUAAAGUUCCUCUACAUUCAGAUGGAGUUUUGUGAGGGAGACACGCUUCGUGCCUGGAUCGAUGAAAGAAACUCUUCAGAUGUUCGUGACCAGAGGAGGACGGAGGCAGCGCAGAUAAACAGACAGGUGCUGGAGGCCGUGGAGUACAUUCACUCCAAGGGAUUGAUCCACAGAGACCUGAAGCCGCUGAACAUAAUGUUCAGCAGCGAGGGAAGGGUUAAGGUUGGAGACUUCGGCCUCGUGACAGCAGCAGAAAAUAAUAAUGACGAGCAUCUGCUGGAACGGACGAAAAGGACAGGAACCCGUAUUUACAUGAGCCCAGAACAGGCGACUCAAACAUCGUAUGACAGAAAGGUGGAUAUAUAUGCUCUGGGUCUCAUUUAUUUUGAGCUCAUCUGGAAUCUCGUCAGAGAUGAAAGGAAAAAGAUUUGGGACGAUAUAAGAAGUAGGGAUUUUCCACUACAGUUCUCCAAGAAAUAUAGCUUUGAGCACAAACUCAUAGGCCGGAUGUUGAGUCCGAGUCCUGAAGAGAGACCAGACGCCUCCGAGCUGAUCAGACAGAUGGAUGGAUAUACUAACAUCCUAAAAGCAGAUAAAGACAACAGGACGAUUUAAUGAGAACUCAUCUCUUAUAUGCAUUUAUAAUAAUAGCAGUUGCUUAUUCUGAAACAUUUGAGGUGAAGCAUUUAUCAGAUGCUUCUUGCAAAAAGGUUCAAAUGGCAAGUGUGCAAUUCUUUUUUUUUUUUUUUUUUUUUUUUUUUAAACAUAUUUUUAUU